UCCUCAUCCCAACCAACUCACAAACAUACACACUAUCUGUCUCUCUAAGUGACAAAGCAAAAAUGCAAUACAAGACCGAAACUCGGAGCUCCUUGUCCUACAAUAAGAUGAACAACAUGAAUGUGUUCCCGUCAGAGACUUUGGCUAGAAUAGAGUCGAUGGCGGCAGAAAACGCGGUGGUCAUAUUUAGCUUGAGCACUUGCUGCAUGUGCCACGCCGUCAAGCGUCUCUUCCGCGGACUGGGAGUCAGCCCCGCCGUCCACGAGCUUGACCUCCACCCUCAUGGAGUUGAUAUACACCGAGCUCUCAUUCGUCUCCUCGGCUGUUCCAGCGGCGGCGCUUCCACUUCUCCGGGGGCACUACCGGUGGUAUUCAUCGGUGGGAAGAUGGUGGGAGCAAUGGAGAGAGUGAUGGCUUCUCAUAUCAACGGCUCACUCGUCCCUCUUCUCAAAGAUGCUGGUGCUCUCUGGCUCUGACCCAACCAAUAUCCACCACCUACUUCUGCGUUUAUUUUUCCUUUUUUUUUUGUGUUUCUUCACUUCUUUUUUUUUUGUUUAAAGAACAAAAAAAAAUGAUUAGGUUAAUCAUAGUCAGGUGUUGAAUUAGAGAGAGAGUGAGGGGAGAAGAGUGAUGCGUUUGUUUUAAGCUUAUAGCUAAACACUCUUUGUUUAUCUUAACUACACUAAUAUAUAUAUUUAGUAA